UCAGCCCUUUUUCCUCCACGUUAAGCAGCUGUGUGCUCGAGUCCAGGCUACAAAGUAGCUUCUACCUCUCCGUCAUGGCUGACCAGGCUUUUGUGACGUUGGCUACCAAUGACAACUAUGCUCGUGGAGCCAUGGUUUUGGGAAAGUCCCUCCGCAACCACAACACAUCCAAGAAGCUGGUGGCUCUCAUCGGUCCACAGAUGUCAGAGCCUUGCAAGGCGGUGCUGAAGAGUAUCUAUGACGAGGUGAGGGAGGUGGACGUUCUGGACAGCGGAGACACGGCACACCUGGCCAUGAUGAAGAGGCCCGAACUGGGCGUCACCUUCACCAAACUGCACUGCUGGACCCUCACACACUACUCCAAGUGUGUGUUCAUGGACGCAGACACACUGGUGCUCUCAAAUAUAGAUGAGCUGUUCAACAGAGAGGAGCUGUCGGCGGCUCCUGACCCCGGCUGGCCCGACUGCUUCAACUCCGGUGUGUUUGUUUUCCGUCCUUCUCUGGAGACCUACGGCAAACUGCUCCAGCACUGCACAGACCACGGCAGCUUCGACGGAGGAGACCAGGGGGUUUUGAACAGCUUCUUCAACGACUGGUCAACAGCUGACAUAUCCAAACACCUCCCCUUCAUCUACAACCUGAGCAGCAUCGCCAUCUACACCUACCUUCCAGCAUUUAAGCAAUAUGGUGGCAAUGCCAAGGUGGUGCAUUUCCUGGGGAAGACCAAGCCGUGGAGCUACACGUACGACACCAAAUCCAGACAGAUCACAGGAAGUGCGCACGACGCCACCACACACUCCACCUUCCUGCUGGACUGGUGGAGCCUGUACUCCCGCACCGUGGUGCCCAUGCUGCAGGAGCAGCACGGAGACCAGCCCUUCUUCUCCGGAUGUGUGGAGUCCCCGCCCUGUGACACGAUCACUAUUGAGAGUGUGCAGGAUGGGAGUUGCCCUGCGUUUGAUCACGCAAUCCCACCGGGAAUGUCCUCAGAAGAGCGGAAGCAGAAAUGGGAGCAAGGCCAGGCAGACUACUUGGGAAUGGACUCAUUUGACAAUAUCAAGAAAAAGCUUGAUUCUUUUCUCAAAUAAAGAACUGAGAUCUCAAACGAGCACUUGCAGUUUACUGUCACCACAGGUCAUUCAAAAAAACAAAUAAAUACUGUAAAAGACCUCGCAUCUGUAAUUCAUAGCUGUUUCUCGACCUGAAUGAGUCUCUCGCUCCACCAGCAUUGAUACUACUGGGGGAAAGUGAAAUAUUCUUUAUUGUCUAUCUAUGCAAUACUGUCUAUUACCCUGCGACAUGUAUCUGUGCUGUUACACUGUGAAGACAAGCAGGACAGUAAAACAUCCAUUUGAAGGUACUUGCAAUGUCCAUUUUGCAAAAUCUGUUCUCAUGUCAAUGCUCUUCUAGGAUAUGUUAACACUAGUUGAAGUCAGCGUUUUGUAUCUCAGCAGUCACUUAUUCUUAAUGAUUUUCUUUUUUUACACCAUGCAGACUCCUAUUCAUCUCCAGAGCAUUAAUUUCUCCUUCUCUCCCAUUUAUUUCUCAUGAUUUAACAUGGAGACAGCCUACACAAAGAUAUGUUUACAGCACGUCUGAAGGCCACAGGACGGUGGUUUAGCCGUAGACUAGAUCCUCAGUGCCUUGUGUUUUGCUCUAUAAUGCCGUCAUCUCAUCUUUUCUUCACUUUCAGCUUUUCUGUAGGACAUCAUGUUUUUUUUUUUACUCCUGAGUUUUACUUGUACCAUUUAAAAUCUCAUCUGGAAUAAAUAAAAACAUUACAAGUUAUGGCUAUGUCUC